AUGAGUGACGUGGUGAUCCUCAACUAUGCGGACCUCGUGGAGGGCAAAGAUUUGAGCGCAGAGAUCGCCAAAGCGUAUGGCCCCGGGGGUUUGGGCAUCUGCGGUGUCAAAGGCGUGCCAGGAUUGCAGGAGGCGAGGAAGAAGCUUCUGCCCUUCGCCUACCAGCUGUCGCAGCUGGGUUCCGAGACCCUCGCCAGCUACGAGCGUCCGGAGGCCACCUACUGCAUCGGCUGGAGUCAUGGCAAGGAGAUGUUCAAAGGCAAGGCGGACAUGGCCAAGGGCAGCUUCUACGCGAACCCGCUGUGGGACGACCCGGCGGAGGGGAACGAGGAGGUGCGCAAAAAGUACCCCUACGGGGCCAGCAAGAACGUCUGGGUCAAGGAGCUGCCGGCGAUGGAGGGCGCCUUUAAGGAGACCGGCAGGUUGGUCUACGACACCGCGGAGCUUCUAGUGAAGCACUGCGACAAGUUGGUGCAGAGUCGGCACCCGAGCCACGGCUCUCGGCUGCAUGAGCUCGCCUUCACCAAGAGCAAGAUGCUCGCGGGCAGGCUCUUGCACUACUUUGCGCCCUCGGCGGACGCCUCUCCGGACGAGAAUUGGUGCGGCUGGCACAACGACAACAGCGUGAUCACGGGCCUUGUGCCUGCGCUAUGGCUCUAUGAGGACACCGGUGAGGAGGCGCCUGCUUCAGCGGUGAGCGGCUCCGGGGGUUUGUACAUCCAGGGCCGGGACCGGAGCGUGAUCCGCGUAAGCCUUCCGCCAGAUUGCCUGGGCUUCCAGAUCGGCGAGGCCUCGCAGAUUUUGAGCGGCGGGGUGCUGGUGGCCACGCCCCACCAAGUGCGGCCGCUGGCCGGAAAACAGGAGCGGCCCAUUUGUCGGGAGACCUUCGCCCUGUUCAUCGAGCCCCAGUGGGAUGCUCCCAUCGGCCCGCCCGAGGGGGUGGGCUAUGACUCGGUCCUGAAGGAGGAGGAGAGCGAGCUGAUACCUCCCCUCUCCAAGAGACUGAAGAUCACAAAGGAUGCAGCACCUGUGAUCUUCGGCGAGUACUUGGGGGAUUCCUUCAAGGAGUACUACAAUCUCAACAACUGA